AUGGCGCAGGUCAAGCCCGCCUUGACACUCGAUGUCAGCCUCGGCUCCUCCAACCUCAACGGCAUCGGCGGUUCUGGUACCAGCUCUACCCCACGCGCCCACCAGAAUGCCGUCAACAACAAGAUCCAGAACCAGAUCCAUGCAUCCACCUUUGGCCCACAAUCCGACUACCAGACCAACGCCGACCACGCUUACGCUCAUGACGACUUUGACCAGCAGCCUGACAACGGCGGCUUCAGCAGCGACGACGACGCUCAGGACGGCUAUGCUGCAGCAACAAGCAGGUUGAAAGCUGGCAGCUCCAGCGCCGGUGCCAAGGCUACCCGUGAUGGUGCGCACCCAGCCACACAAGCUCAAUACCAACAACAGCAACACUCUAACCGGAUAUCAGACGGUGCCGAGUACGAUCAAUACGACGGUGCUGAUGAGUACGGUCACGACGAGUAUGCUCAGGGUGGGCAUUACCAACACCACCAAAUGGGUGAUGGCAUGCACGACGAGAUGAUCUACGAGGACGAAGAGGAGGGCGACGAGAUCGAAGAUGACGAGUCCGACCUUAGCUCCAGUCCUUCUAUCCCGGAUGAAAAUAUCGACUUUGACUUGGUCUACGCCUUGCACAACUUUGUCGCCACCGUAGAAGGCCAGGCCACCGUUCACAAAGGCAACAGCCUCACCUUGCUCGACGACAGCAACAGCUACUGGUGGCUCGUCCGUGUCCUUCGCACACAAGAAGUGGGCUACAUCCCCGCAGAGAACAUCGAAACGCCCUUCGAGCGACUCGCCCGUCUCAACAAGCACAGAAACGUCGACCUCACCUCGGCCACCGACGACGACCACAUCCAAGUCCCAGAGAGGAUCUUUACCAGCCAUCUUGUCAAAGCGAGGAAUGCCUCGGGAACGGCUGGCCUCUCUCUCCACUCGGGCAAGCUCUCCGCUCUGUCAAGACGUGCGCAAGGGGCUCCAGCGCCUCUCACCAAGGACCAGAAGCGCAACAAGCGAGGCGUCGUCUUUGGUCCCUCGACCUACCUCGAGCACAGCGGCGACGAGUACUCGGACUACGACGAAGACGGAGAAGAGCACGAGCUCGAGUACGAAGAGGAUCCCGACGGAAUCUACGACGAAGACGAGGAGCAGGACGAAGACCAGGACGAGGACGGCGAAUACGAGGAGGACCCGUCUCAACACAACAAGGCCAUCGGCUUUGACAAGAUGGAACCAGAUGAUGGCAUGGAGUGGGAUGGACAGGAGGCGGAGCGCGUCCAGCAACAGCACCAGGAUGCCAUGCGCGCCAACGCCAACGCCACCCAGGAACCACCAUCUCGAUCGUCGAUCCAGCAACAGGCCACCGAAGCUGCGCAACAGCUCGUUUCGCAUCCUUAUGCGCAACAGUCCGCUCGCAGCGCUGCAGGUCCGUCUCAAGGUCCGACUGCACAACUUCAACGGGCGAGCGGCGCGCCGACAACGGAGCAGCCUCCAUCUCAGCACCAGCAGCAGCAGCAGCAGCUUGCGCCCCAGGAGCCAACGACGAAUGGCAGUGGGCCAUCCUCGACGUCCUCGCAACAGGCCAAGUACGGCGCUCUGGGAUCGGGUCACGUUCCUGGCGAGCACAUCCGCACCACCUCCGCCGAACGCUCCAUCUCGAGCAUCAACUCGAGUGGCUCCCUCGCGUACGAUGCUGCUGGCCUUCCUACCUCAACCGGCAUGGGAAGGAACAGCUUGUCCAGCAGUGGAGGGUUCCUGCCUUCGCAAAUUCAACGCGAGCGCGCCAACAGCGAUGCUAGCGCCAGUUCGACCGUCAUUGCCGGCGACUCUGCUUCCUCGUCCGACAGAGACAAGCGAAAGAGCAACCGCACUAGCAAGGGCAGUGACAGCUACGAUGCGAACGAAGAGAAAGCUGGCAAGAAGCGUUCCGGCGUUUUCAGCCUCUUCUCUAGGAAGGACAAAAAGGAUCGCAAGAGCGGCACUUUCGAGGAUCGAGAGGGCAUGGGCGGCAUCAGCUCCGAAGACGGCUUUGUCCCGAGUGCGCGUGGACACGGCAAUCCGGCUGUUACCGUCAAUCCUGCCGUUCAGGCCGCAAAUGCCAACUUGCAGCCUGGUCAGAGCAUCGGCAUGGGCCGCGCUGUGCAAGAGCGUGAUCGGGCAACGCAAGAAGCCUUUCAGAAACAGUAUCUGUCUCCGCAGAGCAACAGCUUCGACUCUUCCCAGGUCACACCUCUCGCAAGCCCUCGACUGCAGCAACGACCCGGCUCGCUGGUCGGACCCUCCGGUUCUACGCCGAUGCUCAGCGUUCUUCGUGUGUUCGCAGGCGAAGGUGUCGACUCGGACUCAACCUUCAAGACGGUCCUGCUCAACGAAAGCACGCGAUCCAUCGACUUGCAACGCCAGGUGUUGCAGCGUUUUGGUGUCGAUCUGCACGACAUGAACAAGUAUGUCUUGACCAUCAAGCGUCUCGAAGGGGACGAGCGACCUCUCGACGAAGAUGAGCAUCCACUGCAGCUCUUCAACACGCUCACCGAGAUCCUGCAGCAGGGGCAGGUCACCGUGCCUAGCGUCAAGCGAUCCAGCGUCGGCUCGAUUUCGUCCAUCUCGUCCAACCUCAGCACGCAUCCCGCCAUCGCUCGGCUCGGCAACGACUUCAGCGACGAUCACGCAGUCAAGUUCUACAUCAGCAGGCGAGAUCGACUGCAGGGCUACGUCGACCUCAACGGAAGCCACACCGCAGACGAGUCGGGCCGCUCUGGCAACGUGUCGGAUCUUUCCGUUUCGCAAGACAACAGCAACCUCACUUCGUUGAGCAUGAUCGGCGAGGACGCUGCUCGCAGCAGUCACUCUUCCGUGUCAGGCGAGACGAACGAGACGGUGCAGAGUCCCACGGCCCGAUUCGCUUUGCGGCUGAUCAUCUACUCAUCGGAUCUUCCGGACGGCAUCGUGUUCGAUCCUCAGUCGAACGCACUCGUACCUGCAGCGACUCUGCGGGAGCGACUGUCGCGUCGUCCAGAAGGCACAGCAGAGCCAACCCCUCAGCACCGCUUCCGCGAGAAGAUCCUCACCUUCCCACGAAACACGACGGUGGCGGAGGUGGUCGAGGAAGGUCUCGAUCGAUUCGGUAUCGCGGAAGGUGUGGUCGAGGGCGGUGACGAUGUCGAAGAUCGACCUUCACGGCGCAAGAGCAGGCUCCACGUCAAGUACGGACUUGCUGUGCAGGCAGCCGAUGGUGAGCGCGCCUUGGCGGCGACGAGCAAGGUACUGGAAGCGUACCCUGCACCGCCUGCCUUCAAGCUGGGAAUUGGCAACCGGAGGUCGGUGGAUGGCAAGCGACGCAGCAUCGAUGCCGCGGCUCUGCUGGGUGCCUCGGACGAUAUUGGCAUCCACGAUCCCGUCUUUGUCUUGCGCCAGAUCACCCACGCUCACCCGGGACCAAAAGCACGCCAACAGUUGGGCCAUACGGUUGGCGCAAGAGCGCACAGCCCGACGGACAAUGCGCUCGCCGCGGUGCAAGACACGAGACAGACGCAAGCGCAGGCUACCAGCCCUCGACUGGAAGGCUCCAGAGAUGCAAAGCCGAGCCAAGGCAGGACGCCGCAAGAAAUCAUCGCAGCGCAGCGGGCGGCGGCGGCAGAACGCAACGCUGCCGUGCUGGGCGCACAACGCAACGCCCAGCAGGGUGUCGAUGUGGUGUUGUCCAACCAGGCUCGCAUCCGAUCGACCAAGCUGGGUCCCUCCAACAAGUUCCGCUACUCGUAUGUUCCCGUUGACGGUCAAGAGCGCGACAUCAGCUCAAUCGUGGAGGAUGUGAUGAAGGACGAGAUGCAAUCCUCGAACGACACUCAGGCCAGCUCGUACGGCGACCGAGGUCUCAGUCCCAGAGACGCACGACCGGCCUUUGGCACCAAGAGGAGCAUGCAGAGCGAUUUCACUUCCACCGACGACUACGCUUCGGCUCGCAGCUCUCCGCUUAGUGUAGACGAUGCCAAUCGAAUGGCACAAUCGCCGAUCUCGGAGUACGAGGGCAACGUCACGCCGCUGCAGAGGACAACGGGAGGUGGCGAAGCAGACGGCGAUCUGCUGGACACGCUUCUGCGCAGCAAGGCGCCAUCGAACACGAAUGCUGAGGAGAGGAUCAGCGAGAGGAUCAACGCCGUGUUGGAUCGAGUGGAGAUGCCCGCCUCGUCAUUGUCGUCGGCGGCGGCGAUGCAGAAGAGCGGGUCUGCUGCUUCGUCCACGCGAGCUUUGACUCCCACUGUGGCACAGUCUACAUCAGCAGACGCGCAGACAAGUCAGCAGCAGAAGACGUCACCGGCCACAGUCGCAGCAGGUGUGGCCGCAGCCGCAGCGGGCGCAGCAAUUGUGGGAACAGGAGCAGGCGUGGUCGCAGCUGCAGUAGGCGCAGUAGCAGCGGCAGCGGCAGUGCAUCAGAAGCAGCCCUCGACAGGGUCCGAGCUGUCCAACUCUCGCGACACUUCGAGCCCGCUGACUGUCGGCACCAGCUCUGCGGGCACGAACGCGACCAACACGACGCAGUUGACGCCCAUGUCGACGCUGAUCCCGACCGUACCAGCACCGCGUCAGCCGGUGAACACAGCGAUGCUGCGAACGACAAGCGCCCUGAGCGCCGCCAGCGCAGGCGGUCGCGACGGCUCACGCUCCAUCACGCCGUCGGCCUACCCCUCGGUAGCCGCCCUCUCGUUCGGCGCGGACGACGCGUCGCUCUCGCACCUCUACACGAUCGUCGAUGCAGCAGCACGUCGCGAUCCCCGCCGCAAACUCCUCACGCACGCCAGCAUGAGCUCCAUCUCCUCAGCCCCCAGCCCGAUUCUCAACAGCGCCGCGCUCUUCUCUGCGGGUUCCGGCUCCGCAGGCAGCAGGCCCGGAAGCAAACUCUCCCACGCCGCAUCAAGAUCGCUUUUGCUAGAGGACGACAAGGACUCGUUCAAACCCGAACCAGGCAAUUUGUUCGCACCCAAUAUGCCGUUCGUCGAGGAUCGCAAGUUGAGAGAGGCGUACAGCGGGAUUAAUCGGCAGUUGGGAGAUAUUGAUGAUUCGUUGGACAGUUUGCUGGCUGAUGUCAUUAGGAUCUUUUAG